AUGGCUAGGUCGAGUAUAUCUUUCCCGAUUCCAAAGCUCACGAAGGAGAAUUAUGAGAGGUGGAGUAUCCAAAUGAAGGCGUUUCUUGGAGGCCAAGACGUAUGGGAUGCAAUCGAAGAGGAGUAUCAUGAACCGGAGGAUUUGGAUACGGCGACUUCUGCCGUAAAGAAAGCGGCGAAGGAGGCAACAGUGAAGGACCAAAGAGCCUUGUCAUUCAUCCAACUCAGCAUGGAUGAUUCGAUAUUCGAGAAGAUUGCACACACUACAUCAUCAAAGAUGGCUUGGGAUACAUUGACGAACUCCUUCAAAUGUAUCGAUAAAGUGAAGAAGGUGAGACUCCAAUCUCUUCGUGGUGAGUUUGAAGCAUUGCAAAUGAAAGAAUCUGAAGAAGUAUUUGAUUAUAUCUCUCGAGUGAUUGCCGUGACUAACCAACUUGAGAGUAAUGGUGAAAAGAUGAAAGUUAGUAGAAUUGUGGAGAAGAUACUUCGGUCUCUCACUUCGAAGUUUGAUCACAUCGUUGUUGCGAUCGAGGAGUCGAAUGUCAUCGAUGACAUGACGGUGGAUGAGCUCACUAGUAAGCUAUAA